AUGUCCGACGGCGCCGCCCAGGGCGCCGCCCAGGGCGCCGCCGAGGGCGCGCGCUUGCAGACCAGUGAUACGUGGGCCACGUGGGGCGAGGAUCUGGACGUGGAGAUUGUGCCAGCUGCAGGGUCAGACGGAGGAGACGCGCAGCCUGAUCGGCAGCCCAACUACGGCGAGCCAGGAUGGCGCUCGCCGUCUCAGGCAGGCGCGCAAACAGUCGCAGAUGAGGAGUCGCCGCGCGACAUCCCAGCAGAGCAGCCGAACCACGCGAGCCAGGCUGAUGCGCCAGUCGGGGCCCAAGUUGCGGCGCCAGCGGCGGCGGCGCCGCCCUCUUCCUGUGAGGCGCCGCCCCCCGCUGGCGAGGCACCGCCUGGCGCCGUCGCAGGGCCGUCCCAGGAGAUGCUGCCCCCAGCGGAGGCAGCGAACGUCCCGCCAUCGCUGAUGUCGCUGAUCAAGUCGCUACAGGACCAGGUGCUCGAGCAGGCGGAGCAGAACAAGAUGCUCAAUCUGAAGCUCAGGGCGGCCGAGGCGGCCAAGGCACUCAAUAUCAACCCGUAUAUGCAUCCACCAGUGCCGACCGAGGAGCAACCAGCGCAGAGGCAGCAACCAGAUGGAGGGCAGCAACCAGAGCAGGGGCAUGUCAUCGACGUCGAGGAGUCACUGCCCAGCAGUGGGGAUGGAGACGAGGAGAUGACGCAGGCGCUGAAGGAGUCGGAGGAGGCCGCCCGUAUUGCCAAGGAAAAGGAGGACGAGGGCAACCAGCAGUUGGAGGAGGCGAUGCAGAGAUCGAGGGAGGAGGCCCAGCGACGCGGCACCAGCGUCAGUCCCGAGAGGGCCCCGAACUCGCCAGGCAAGGCGAGCACUUGGCAGGGCCAGCAAGCGGCUAGCGGUCAGCCUGUGCCGACAGAGAUGCCUGUGCCGACAGCGCAGCCUGCCUCGGCAGCGCAGCCUGUGCCGACAGCGCUGCCUGUGCCGACAGCGCAGCCUGUGCCGACAGUGCUGGCUCCUGCAGGAGGCGCGGCCGCGCAGGCACACUUGGGGACACCGCCGAAGAGCAAGCGCCGCCGCAUGCUCACCGACGUCAUCCUGAGCUCCGAGGUGAACUUCCAGAGCAUCCUCAAGAAGGCAGAGAAGCCCGAGCUCCUGGGCGUCGAGCUGCGCGACCAUCUUAUGGCCAUCUUCCAGGGCAAGCACGUCAAAGAGCUGCACAGCAUGAAGGGCAUAACGCCUCAAAGCAUGCUUCCCGAGGCAGUAGCGGGUGCAGAGAACGCGUUGGGCGAAGUUCAGGGCCCUGACGAGGGCGGCGUCGACCCUGCGAGCCUCGAGGAGAAGCAGAAGAAGGAGUACGCUGUAUGGCAGGCAGCGAGGGCCAAGGACUUCAGGUUCGCGGCGAACGGCAAGGAGGACAAUGUCCUGGCGGGCAGGUUCGAUCGCUACAAGAGCAGUCACCCAGACUGUGAGAAGGCAUUUCGGUACUUCUUGAAGGCCAUUCAGUUGGGGGCGCCUUGGGUUGUGUACUGCCCGUCUCGCGAGGCGCUCCGCGCUUUGUAUGUGGGGGAGGGAGUGGACAGCGAGUUCAGCGUCGCGUGGUCCAAGCACCAGGCAUGGGCGGACGACGCGAUCGAAAGCAACGAGAUGAAGAGAAGGCGCUUGGAGCAGGCACUGGCGACGGGCGAGCCCAGCAACCAGGACAAGACGAGGAUCCUCAUCGGUAAGGUCGCGGACUCUGCUGGCGUGACCUCGAAGGCCGAGAUCCAGGAGACAGGCGGCGAGGGCGUUCCAGGCGCGGAGCGCGCUGAGGAGACGGGCACUGAGACGGGCAAAAAGAAGAGCAAGGGAGAGGGCAAGGGCAAGAAGCAGGGCAAGAAACGAAAGCAGGAUACCACCGAAGGCAACCCUAAGGAGCAGAAAACCGAGUCCCCUGGCGGCGACUGUAUCAAGGCCCUCAUGACGCAGGCAAAGCAGACCGUGCUGCUGCACAACACCGUGGUCAGCCAUGCCCAGACCUUGGCGUAUAACAUCGAGAAUGAUCCUGAUUACUCCUGGGCGAAGACUGACGAGGACGGCAAGUUGUUUCUGGAGCAGCUCACGGAGGUGGGCCACACCUUGUGGACCUCAGGAGUCAGCAAAGCCUUGACUGAGCCCCUGACGAGUGUGAGGAAAACUUGUUCGGAUUCGGAGUUCAUCAGUUACCUCCACAAGCUGAAGGAGGUCGACCAGAUUGACAAAAACCUUCAGGAGCUCACCAUUAAGGUCAAGAGCCUCCACGAGAUCAAAAAGCCCAAGAGGGCCGCCUGA